GAGAACGCUAGGUCACGUGAUACUGUCACUGAGGCGGAAAUGAAAGUUCACUAGCGACAGCGGCGGAGCACAGCUGAAAAAGAGCUGUGAUGUCAUGGCAGCUGCCAGCGUGAGCAGACCUGGCAGUGCCCAGACCACUGAGAAGUCUCAGUUGACCUUGAAAGUGGUGUCGGCGAAGCCCCAGUCCCCAAAGCUGCCGAACCGGCACUCUCGGCUGAGCUCCUUCGUUGAGGUGACUGCAGACGGCCUCACCAGUGAAACCAAAAAAACAGGCAAACGUAGCGGGCACCUUGAGCUGCAGUGGAACGAAGACCUCACCCUUAAUGUGACGCCACAGAGUCAUCUGGAUCUAAAGCUGUGGAGCUGCCACACCCUGAGAAAGGAGCUACUGGGCAGCGCAACCAUAGACCUGCUGGACACGCUGCGCUCGCACGAUGGCAAGAUGGAGAACGUCCAGCUGAGUCUGGUGCUGCAGACGGAGAACAAAGGCUCGGUUGUAGCAGGAGGCGAGCUCAACGUCUGUCUGGACGGCAUGGUUGUUGAUCUGGGCUCGCUGCCCAACGGCAGCACGGCAGCAGACAAGAUACUUCAGUCGGAUAGACCCAACCUGAGGAGGACACAGAGCGAGGAGACUCCCAGUACAGCGGGAUCACAGGCCAGGAGCAACAGGCACUCAGUGGGGGGUUCGCAGGGUGAGUCCUCGGGGGACUCCAGAGGGAGCUCUCUGACAAAUGGGGAUCUGAGUGAGGAGCAGAUCCCCGGACCCGUUGCUCGCCGGCAGUCCUCUAAGAGUCACGGCAGCCCCGGAAACAGCGCAGAUAAGGUUGAGCUGACGUCUAAUGGACUGGAGAACAAUCGCGGCGUGUCCCUACACACGCCUCCUCCAUCUUCUCCUUCGGGCAGGUCUCCAGCUGCCAGCAGCAGCAGCAGUAGCCCCUCUCCUGGUCAGCAGGAAGCCCUGGGUCCAGCUGCCUCAGUGGAGCCCAGCUCCAACACCACCUCUAGCACAGAGCAGGCCAGCAACAGCACCACAGAGCCCACCACAGACUCACUCCCAGCAGGCUGGGAGCAGAGGGUGUUGCCUCAUGGCAGAGUGUACUACGUUGACCACAACACCAAAACCACAACGUGGGAGAGACCACUGCCACCGGGCUGGGAGAAACGAGUGGACCAGCGGGGCAGGUUCUACUAUGUGGACCACAACACCAGAACCACCACGUGGCAGAGGCCUACAGCCGAGUCUGUGCGAAACUACCAGCAGUGGCAGAGCCAGCGCAGCCAGCUGCAGGGCGCCAUGCACCAGUUCAGCCAGCGCUUCCUCUACCAGCCAUCCGGUGCUCCGGUGGAAAAUGACCCUCUGGGCCCGCUGCCUCCUGGAUGGGAGAAGCGUCAGGACAAUGGCAGGGUGUAUUUCGUCAACCACAACACACGGACGACGCAGUGGGAUGAUCCUCGGACCCAAGGGAUGAUCAAGGAGCACCCCCUGCCCCCGGGCUGGGAGAUGAAGUACACCGCCGAGGGAGUCCGAUAUUUCGUGGACCACAACUCGCGCACCACCACCUUUAAAGACCCUCGACCUGGGUUUGAGUCAGGGUCACGGCAGGGCGGUUCACCAGGCGCUUACGACCGCAGCUUCAGGUGGAAAUACCACCAGUUCCGUUUCCUGUGCCAUUCUAAUGCCUUACCCAGCCACGUGAAGAUCUCUGUGUCCAGACAGACGCUGUUUGAAGACUCGUUUCAGCAGAUCAUGAACGUGAAGCCAUACGAUCUUCGUCGCCGGCUCUACAUCAUUAUGAGAGGGGAGGAGGGGCUGGACUACGGUGGCAUCGCCAGGGAGUGGUUCUUCCUGCUGUCCCAUGAAGUCCUGAAUCCCAUGUACUGCCUGUUUGAGUAUGCUGGCAAGAACAACUACUGUCUGCAGAUCAACCCAGCAUCCUCCAUAAACCCCGACCACCUCACGUACUUUCGCUUCAUCGGUCGCUUCAUCGCUAUGGCUUUGUAUCAUGGAAAGUUCAUCGACACCGGCUUCACGCUGCCUUUCUACAAGCGAAUGCUGGACAAGAAACCCACUCUCAAAGACCUGGAGUCGAUAGACCCGGAGUUUUAUAACUCCAUCAUGUGGGUCAAAGAGAACAACCUGGAGGAGUGCGGUGUGGAGCUCUAUUUUGCACAGGACAUGGAGAUCCUCGGGAAGGUUUCCACUCACCAGCUGAAGGACGACGGGGAGAACGAGCUGGUCACCGAGGAGAACAAGGAGGAGUACAUCAGCCUGCUGACAGACUGGAGGUUCACCCGCGGGGUGGAGGAGCAAACCAAAGCCUUCCUGGACGGCUUCAACGAGGUGGUGCCUCUGGAGUGGCUUCGCUACUUUGACGAGAAGGAGCUGGAGCUGAUGCUUUGUGGGAUGCAGGAGAUCGAUUUGGCCGACUGGCAGAAGAACACCAUCUACAGACAUUACACCAAGAACAGCAAGCAGAUCCACUGGUUCUGGCAGGUGGUGAAAGAGAUGGACAAUGAGAAGAGAAUCCGUCUGCUUCAGUUUGUAACGGGAACCUGUCGGCUGCCCGUCGGAGGGUUCUCCGAGCUCAUAGGAAGUAAUGGUCCCCAGAAGUUCUGCAUAGACAAAGUGGGGAAGGAGACUUGGCUUCCAAGAAGCCACACAUGCUUCAAUCGUCUGGAUCUGCCUCCCUACCGAAGCCUGGAACAGCUCCGAGAGAAGCUCCUGUUCGCCAUCGAGGAGACGGAGGGAUUUGGACAGGAGUGAGACGAGGAGGCAGAGACGGACGACACUUAAAUCGACGAAUAGUUUUUUGUUAUUGGUCUUAUUUUGCGUUUGUUUGUUCAUCACAGGGCUGAGGAGUCACCUGUCAGCUAAACAAGCCCUCCCUGGGCGAGGAUCAUGUUAGUGAGCUAGUGAGCUGAAUCAUGGGAUCAGGCUUGAGGCACAGGAACACAGAAGAGUGAAUGCUUACGUGUGUGUGUGUGGGUGGGUGUGUGUGUGGUUGCUCAUGUUAAUGCCAUUGUGUAUUUGCAUAUAAAUGGUGUGUAUGUGUGUGGAUUAAACAGGAUGACCACUCCCCCCCCUCCUUACUCACUGCUUAGAACCGCACCAAAACCAGACGACAUGAUAGUUUUAAUGUCAGCAGCGACUCACAGCGACAGCACAGCUACCCGCAAAUGCAGUACAACAUAUCUACCAGAGAGACGUACAUUUUAAGCAUAUUAAAGCAGCGAGACGGCAGCGUGUGAGCGGAAGCUGUUAUCGUGAACUAGUGCGCCUCUGUUACAGAGGUCAGAGAGAUGAGAUGCGAUUUUAUUUUUUCUGUUGAUUGUGAAAUUCAGUCGAUUUCUCCUGUAUAUAACUCAAAUAAAUGAGAUUUCAGUCAUAA